AUGCCGACCAUCACGCACUACGUGCUGGAUCCCUUCCUUGAGACGGGGUCGCCUGCGCAGGUCCAGAAAGCCACGCCCAAGCCGCCGCCCUCGCCUCCGGACAAGGCCACGCCCGUGCCGGUGGCUCCUGUUAGGACGCAGACGUCGCCGGCAUCACUCUAUGCCACGCCUGAGAGCACCACCCUGCCUGACUCACCUUCCUCGUUCCCCGGAACCUGGUCGCCGUACAUCAUCAACCAUAAGAGGCGGGGGGCCUCCCUUGCCAAGACCUUCUCUCAGGGUGAUGUUGGAAGUGAGGGCAGCCAGCCGAAGCUCCCAGUGAUGCUGUCUGCUUUGCCCAAAGGGGGUGAACCCACUGCAGUGCAGGAGCCUGAGUUUGCGUUUCUGCAAUCAGGGAAUGGCCAAGCUGAAGGUGACAGCGGUGUGGAAGAGGCUACCAUCAAUGGAGAAAAUGAAAUCAGCCAAAAAUGA